AUGACAGGGCUCAUGGACAUCAAUCAGGUGCCGUCAUCGCGCAGCGUCAGACCUCUGCGGCGGGUCUACGACAGCGUCCAGGCUCACAUCCGGGGCCUUCGGGCGUUGGGUGUGACGGAUCAGUCAUACUGUGCCAUGCUCUACCCGGUUCUGCUUCGUGCGCUUCCGGACGACAUGAGGCUGGAGUUCAACCGGAAGAUGUCUUCGGGGAACGCCGAAAACGCCACCGCCGGGGGAACAUCAGCCACCGACAUCGGCUCCGACUCAGCAACGGGGCAAGGACCCGUAAAGAAGGUGCGCGCGCUGCUGAACUUUCUCAAGAUCGAGGUGGAGAGCCGGGAGAAAACAUCCAAGGAACAACCCGAAGACGCCGGCGGUAAGCCUGCACAUUGUUUCCCCAUGCAUGAACAUCUGAAGAGGCGCCUAAACAACGCCAAGACUCGGAACGCUACCGCUACGGCCUUGUAUGGCAGGAUGGACAGCAUGGAAUGCUUUCUUUGCAAAUCAAAGGCGCACAGCACACCAGACUGUAGCGCGAAGAUCGAACUGAAGGAAACGAAGUGCAGGCUGCAAGCCGAUCGCAGGUGCUUCCGGUGCACAAAGCCGAACCACACGGCAAGAAUGUGUCGCGGCACGCUCCGUUGUGACAGGUGUCGAGGAAGGCAUGUAUCCGCUAUGUGUGAUCCAGAUUACUUUCCGGGACGAGCUGCCAGCGGAUCGGAUGAAACGCGGGAGAAAGACAGGACGCCUCUCAACCUGCAUGUGAGCGAGAAGGGCAACAAACCGGCUGUCCUUCUGCAAUCGGUUACCGGUUGGGUAGAAAGCAAGAACAGAAGAAAGUUGGCCCGCAUUCUCUUCGACAGCGGUAGUCAGCGCUCCUUCAUUACAGAGGAGCUGUCGAGGGGUCUUGGUUGCAAGCUUCUCGGAACGGAGGUUCUUACCGUCGGAGUGUUCGGUGGCAAGACUAGCGAACAAACGUACCGUAGAGUUCAAGUAGUUUUGAGUAAUCGUCUAACCGGCCAGACAUAUGAGAUAGACGCCCUCGAGACGCGCUCUAUCUGCGAACAAGAAUUUCCAGGCCUGGAUGAAGACAUCCUGGUGAAUAUGGAGGAGCUCGCACUAACGGUUGGUGACGACCUGAACGGACUCGAGUGCAAGGGAGUAGGAAUCCUUUUAGGAUCGGAGCACUACUGGGGAUGCGUUACGGGAAGAGUCCGUCGACUGAGCGAGAACCUGACGGCAGUGGAGACCGCCUUUGGUUGGGCAGUACAUGGGCGCUCCCAGGCGACUGCAGCUGUUAUCAACUGUUCCCAAGUGAUCGUCCUCAGAGCUGCCGUGAGCGACCAGGAGAACACGGCUGUCCUGAGAGGAUUUUGA